UCAAUAACUUUGUUGUGAAUGGUGUUGCCGUCUGAUUGUACGCGCUUUUGAAUUGGCAAAUAAUUCUCCCAAGUUUGCUAUCAAUUUUUAGGAAAUGUUCUAAAAUUUGUGUUUUGUCAUAGAUUUUAGAUCUUGAGCUUCGAUUUUUGUGCCAGCAUUGGUGGACUAAUUUUCGUUCGGUUUCAUGGGCAGCCAAUCUCUGCCAGUGUCAUCAACUUUUUUGUCUUAGGUACAGUUCAGAAUGAGCUCCGCAAGAUUUGUUGCACGAGGCUCAAAGAGCUUCUUUUGUUAUGUUUGUGGCUUACUGAUAUUGAUAACAGUCAUCUACAUUUUCCAUGGCACACAAUCUCAACUGGAUGACGCCAAAGCAACUGCUGCAAAGUGUGCCAAACAGCACGAGUCUCUUUUCGCGCAGUUACAAGUUUCUCUGAACUACAAAUUGAUGAUUGAAAAGUCGCUACAAAAGGAGAAGGCAGACCAUCGCGAAACAAAAGAAAAACUGAUGCAGCAAGUUGAUGAAGAGCGGAAACUACGAAAGAGAGAAAGCUCAGAGGCAUUAAACAAGUAUGGUGCCCUGAGCCAAAAGUUUAAACUUCUCCAGAGCGAGAACAGUGACCUGAAAGAGGAAUUAAGUAAACAAAAGGCGACAAAAACAGAAGAUGAAGAAGAAAGAAGAAAAUUGGAAUCCAAAAUAGAGACAAUGAAAGCAACUUAUGAAGAUGAAGUCAAAGCAUUGAAGGUGAAAUAUGUUGAGCUCCAGACAAAGUAUGCAAGUGCAGUGCAAAAGAAUAAUGAGCUGUCCGAAAAGAGCCAGCCUGAAUCAGAGCGAGUUACUGAACUAAAGCGUGAAGUAUCUGAACUGAAAGAAAAACUGACUUCAUGCCAACCAAAUAGCGGAGGAGGGAAAGUAUCCAGUGCUCGACCCCUCGACAAAGCGUUAAACGUUAACAAUGACAUGAUUGCAAUUGGAGCGAUACCUAAGGCUGUAUCAGCUGCAAAUACUUCAACAACUCCUGUAAUCAAUCCUCAAGCAGUGCAAGAAUCUGAUGGAGCAAAUCAAGGCCAGAAUAUAUUGGUCAAUCCAAGUCCUACCGCUAGUUCUGCAAACAAUCAGAGUGCUCCUCCUCCCCUUCAAUUACCGGCUGACAGCGUAGAUAUGCUUAAUGUAGCUAUCAGCUCCUUGUUAAACAAAAAGAUUGCCAGCCCAAAGAAUGCACAUCAAGCAAACCCUGCGCCAGAACAGAAUGUGGGUCCCAAACCCAAGGUCAAUGAACAGUCAAGUAAAGCUGGACAAGAAGAAGCCAAGCCGCAAGGAGAAGAGCCAAAACACGAUGAUAGUGAGAAAGCAGUUAUUCCUGGCCCGAUGAACCCAGUUAAGAUGAAUAAUGAAGACACCAACAACAAGCAGUUGGAUAAUUUCAUAGACGACACAAAACCAGAUCAAAGUGAAAAUAAAGGCAACAUUCCGCCUCCUCCACCACCUCCACCUGCCAAAAAAUCAGCAAUUGAAAAUGCGCAUGGGUUAGGUGGCGAAAACGAUAAUCAGUUCCACGAUUUGAAUGGGGCGCAUGAAGAAGAAGAUGAUGCCCAUGAGGGUCACGACUGGAUUCAGCAAGCACAACCUCCGAUUGGAGAGGUAAAAGAAAUUCACAAGCAAGAUAAAAGUGGUUACAACUAUCAAGAUGGAGGAGAGUAUAAAAAUGAUGAAGAAGAGGAGGGUGAGCAAGAUUAUUUAGGUCAUGAACAAGGUGGCAAAGGAGAAAUUCUCCACCGGUUACCACCCAAUAUUCGGGAAAAUUUAUUGAACAAUAGAUUCAUCCCCCAUCAAAAAGACAGCGUGAUGGUUCAGCCAAAAUAAUUAAGACUGGAUAAUCAACGGCUAUCAUCCCAGAACUGAUCAGGAUAUCUACGUGUCUUUCCAAGUUGUAGUAUAUUGCCAUGGUAAUUUUUUAUAUUUUAUGUCAAAAUCUGUUAUUUGUAAAAUUCUUUUUUUCUCAAUCUUAGUGUGUAUAUUCUGCAUUGCCAGGGUGUCUACAAGUCUGGGAAACCUGGAAAACAGGAAAUCGUACAGGAACUUCACCAGGUCUGAGAAAUCAAGGAAUUUAAUGAUCGGGACUGGAAAUGUAUGACAGCUUGAAAUUACAAAGCUGAGAAAACAUUAGUGCUGUCCACUUAAUGAAAUUGAGUCUUAGUCUGGUUUUGGGACCAGUGCAUUGAGUCUCACUCGAAUAGUGAAUAGAGGAAUAAUUUUCAACAAGAAAUUGCAAUUUUAUUUAAUUGAAUGAUUAAUACUUGAAGGAAAAAGUUUCACCUGUCUCUUUCACAUGCAGUGCGAUUAAUGCCGAAAAUUGUUCGUUUUCAAUUCCACGCAUGCUAAUUGUUGAUGUGAAAAGUCAGGAAAUCUUGGUUAUUUUGGCCAGGUAAAGUCUAGAAAAGUCCAGAAAUUUUAGUCCAAGUUUGUAGACACCCUGCCAACUAUCCCAUUUUUCAUUGAGUUUGCCUGUAAUAUUUUUCAAUACAGGGUGCCAUUCUAGUAUUGGAAUGGCAAGCCAUUAGGGAAGUAUUAUAGGUAUUGAAUUGCAGUUUUCUCCUACUAAGGUCAAGCUUCUCAUUCAAUAUUUAAUUAAAUUUAGCCCUUGCUGCCAACCAUUAGGGAGAGGGAGGGGUCCUUGAACCCACCCAUAGUUGCCGUACAUUUCAUUGAAGGUAGGCAUGUUCAAACUUUGUCCCGUUAUGUGUAAAACGUGCUUUUCAGAGUUCAAACGUAUGGUUGAACACCUGGUAUUUCUUUGUCGCUCGUCUCCCACAGACUGUCAUUUGCCUUGUCAGCACUUGAUUCUUCUGAUUCUGUCACUGUUUCCAUUGAUGGAAUCCAAAAUGAUAUCCAUCUCUAAUCUUCCAAAUUUUUAUUCUUACACUAAAAAUCUAUUAACCUUAUUCCACUCUCACCAACCGUCUUUCUUUCUAACUCAUUCAACUCUCCUUUCUCCAAUCAAAUCAUUUUCACUUCCGCACUCAACCUCUACCUUAUGUUCACUUUGUGUGUGCUACACACUCAAAACUCACGUUGGAGUCUGGGUGAGAGUUUAAGAGAAAAGAGAGAGAGAGAGACACAACGCAAAAUUUAGAGUUCCAAUUCAAUAACUUUAUUCUACUUCUUCAGAGAAAGACACAGCUCUGGCUCACAAAAAUACUACACAAUAAAAAGAGAUCAUCACUGGCCCCAGGCCUUAUCACAGAUCAAAGAGAAAAAAAAAGGUAGUGUAGCUACUGCGUUCUGGAUCUCAAACGCAAAAUAGAAAGUUUAAGAAAAUCUCACUCGCACACACAAACAUACUUUUACUCUAAAACUACCCUUGCUGAAUAAUCGCUUUGCAAAAAAUUGUGCUCAUCGAGCUUAGAACGUUAGCAGAUUGCUGACUUCAUGAAAAGGAAAUUACAAAAUUGAUAGGUUAUUGAAAGAGAAAGGGGGGGGGGGGCUCUAACGCCAAACAAGAGGCUGGACUGUUUUUCAGUUAAACACAAGGAUACACAUUAAGCAAAUACAACCAGAAACGGCUUAAAAAGGCUACUUUCACAAUACCAGUUUCAUGAUCUAGACCACAAAGUUCUUGCGCAACAGUCAUUAAUAAUUUGAAUUUAGCUGGACUAAAAAUGUCUGCAUAGUUUUUAAUAUCAGGAUCAAGUCUUCUACAUCCAACCACAAGCCUUUCAGCAUCCUUCAUUUUUUUUGGUUAGACUAUAAAAGUCUUUUUCAUCAGGGUGGCUGGCAAAAAAAGUUGUUGCGAACUCAAUAAUGAGGGGAUCACUUAUGGCGAUCAAACUAAGCUGAGCAUUCUCUUUUUGCCCGUUGCCAUUUCCUUUUCUAAGAAUUGGAAAGACGACUUCUCGCAGUUUUUUGCACACUACUUCAGAAUUUGGGGUUAUUACAACGCCUGCUUCCCUCUGAACUGGUCUUCUGAGGAUUUUCCUGAAAAUAGGCUUAUCCAAAUUUUCUAACUCAAUGUCACUAUCUUCAUCUGUAGAGUUCAUGGCUUUGCUCAAUGUUUCAUUGAAAUGUUUGAUAACAUGGGUUGAAGGCGGAGCUUUUGGACAUUUUUUUAAAUGUCUGUAAAAAGUUUUUUUUACAAACAAAGCCUCACAGUACUUACAUUUAAGGUACGGAUAAAUGUUCGAGAAAGCUUUGUUACUUCGGCAUUUAGGUAGAAAUUUAUCUGCAUCUAUGGUGGUAGAGUUGUAGAUAUGAUUUCCUUCAUCUCAAAGUCUAUCGGUAAUUUCCAGUUUUUUUUUCAUGUAAGCCUUCUUCAGGUCCUUGUUACAGUUAUUUUGCAAAAUUGAUUGAGGGCUAGCAACUAGCAACUCUUUUUUCGUCAUUACUUUUAUUUGCCCAUCUUCCUCUUUCAAGCUUAAAUAUAUUUUACAACGUCUGCUUCAUUUGGAUGAUGCUUAAUGAUGUGUCUGGUAGAAUUGGUAACAAGUUGAAAACAAUAUUUGCAGAAGUUGACACGGUCAUAAGUUCGGUCUGUUUUCUUCUUUCUGAGUUUAACCGAGGGUAAUUGCUGGUUUUCCUUUGGUGAUUCUAAUUAACAGAGGGAAAUUAAAAUUAUCAGUGCUGUAGUGAUGCGAACAACAGUUGAAUCAGU